AUGUCAGAUCUCAAAUACGAAGAUCCAAAACCAGAAAAGUUGCCAAUCGUUGUAUUAGCUACAAGACUUACCACCUUGGUGGCUCUAGCGGUAUCCAUAGGUCUAUUGAGGUCGAUCAGUGUCACUUACAAUGUGGGUCCAUUUUCAAACACAUUCAGCUACGAUGAUGUAUCCACUUAUCAGUAUGUUUUCUUUGGCAUGGUGGCUGGAUUUUCAUAUACCAUAUUGCAGGUCCCUUUUGCUUUGUACUUCUUUUUCAGAAAAGAAAGAAUCAAGAAUGGUGCAUUGCUCGUGUUUGAAUUUUAUGGCGACAAGAUAUGCUUGACAUUACUAGCAACCGUGGUUGGAUCCUUAUAUGGUGCAACGGUCGAAAAAAUGGAACAUGUUGAUGAAAUUAAAGGAUUCGAAGGUGGUUAUGAUGCCAAAGAUUAUCAUUUAAAAAUGACAACAUUCUUCAUGAUGGUUCAUAUAUCAGCAGCAUUCCUUCUUGUUGGAUUUCUUUGCUCCGUAGUUUCGUCAAUCGUGUCGUCCAGAUCUCUAGCGAAGAAAUCAUAA